CGCUGGGUGCCAGUAGGGAAGCAGCUUCCAAUUUCACUCAAAAGCCGACCGUGGAGGUGUGUGUGAGUGUGCGUGCUGUGUUUCAGGAGCCUUCAUUCACUGCUGAAACACGCAGAGAAACUCUGACCUCCGGGUGCGAUAAAUUACUGUUUUAAUUCAUUCACCUUUCAUUGUUCCGCAUGAUACUGUCGCCUCGGCAGAGAAGAUCAACCUUUAAGCUCGAGUUAGUUUUCGUUGGAGACAUUUUUUUAAUAAGUAAUGUGAGAAGGCCUCGUUCAUGUUAGCUGGCUAGCUAAUACACAUAGCUAGCGGUUGGAAUUCCAUUUGGAAGUGGCUAACGGUAACAACAAAAUAAACUUAGUUUCAGUUUAAUUAGCUUACUAGCUUUCGAUUUGUUCUGCACAAAUAACGAGCUAAGUCGUUGGAUUUAUACCAGCAAGUGUGCUGUUACUGUAGAUUUGUGUUAGUAUGGGCUUGCUGUCACAAGGGUCUCCUUUGAACUGGGAAGAGACCAAAAAGUACGCGGAUCAUGUUAGAAAACAUGGCAUCAUUCAGUUUCUCAACAUCUACAACAAGGUGAAAGACCGACAGAAGGACGUGUUAAAAUGGGGCGAUGAGGUGGAGUACAUGCUGGUAGCAAUGGACGAGAAGGAUGAAAAGGCUCGCCUGGUGUUGAAUGGAGCCGAGGUGCUGGAGACGCUUCAGGACAAAGGUGAAAAAACCAACCCAAACCACCCCACGCUCUGGAGGCCAGAGUACGGCAGCUACAUGAUCGAGGGCACCCCCGGGCAGCCCUACGGGGGUACCAUGUCCGAGUUCAACACGGUGGAGGACAACAUGGACAAGAGGAGGAAGGAGGCUUCGUCCGUUCUCAAAGAGCGACAGACGCUCUGCACAAUUACAUCAUUCCCCAGGCUGGGCUGCCCUGGUUUCACCAUGCCGGAGUUCAAGCCCACUCCAGUCGAAAGAGGAGCCUCCAAGUCUCUCUUUUUCCCGGACGAGGCUAUAAACCGGCACCCGAGGUUCAGCACUCUGACACGAAACAUCCGUCAUAGGAGGGGGGAGAAGGUGGUGAUCAACGUGCCCAUUUUUAAGGACAAGAACACCCCGUCUCCGUUUGUGGAGAAAUUCCCCGAAGACGACGGGGAGGCGGAAAGGGGGGCGCUUGCUGACCACAUCUACAUGGACGCCAUGGGGUUUGGGAUGGGUAACUGCUGCCUGCAGGUAACGUUCCAGGCUUGUAGCAUUAAUGAGGCAAGAUACCUGUAUGACCAGCUGGCUACAAUAUGCCCCAUUGUGAUGGCCCUGAGCGCCGCCUCGCCCUUCUACAGGGGCCACGUCUCCGACAUCGACUGCCGCUGGGGGGUCAUCUCCGCCUCGGUGGACGACCGGACGAAAGAGGAGAGGGGUGUGGAGCCCCUGAAAAACAACAAGUUCCGAAUCUUUAAAUCCAGAUACGACUCAAUCGACAGCUACCUGUCCCCCUGCGGUGAGAAAUACAAUGAUAUAGAACUGACGAUAGACGAGGAGAUCAACCAGCAGCUUCUGGACGCAGGAAUCGACAAACCGCUGGCACAGCACAUAGCCCACCUCUUCAUCCGUGACCCUCUAAGCCUCUUCGAGGAGAAAAUCCACCUGGACGACGCAAACGAAUCCGACCACUUCGAGAACCUGCAGUCCACCAACUGGCAGACAAUGCGAUUCAAGCCGCCUCCCCCGAACUCGGACAUCGGCUGGAGGGUGGAGUUUCGCCCAAUGGAGGUCCAGCUGACAGACUUUGAGAACUCUGCGUAUGUGGUGUUUGUGGUUCUGCUCACCAGGGUAAUCCUUUCCUACAAGCUGGACUUUCUUAUCCCCCUGUCGAAGGUCGAUGACAACAUGAAAAUGGCUCAGAAGCGGAACGCGGUUCUGGAGGGCAUGUUUUACUUCCGGAAGGACAUCUUCAAGGGCUGCAGUCCCGUUCUGGAGGGAUCCCCCGCCACUCCAAACGGACUGGACAACGACACCGCGGAGUACGCCCUGAUGAGCAUCGACACCAUCAUCAACGGAAAGGAGGGCGUGUUCCAAGGACUCAUUCCAAUCCUCAACUGUUACCUGGAAAACAUGGAAGUGGAUGUGGACACGCGGUGCACCAUCCUCAACUACCUGAAGCUCAUCAAAAAAAGGGCCUCAGGUCAGCUGAUGACCAUGGCCCGCUGGAUGAGGGAGUACGUGGCCCAGCACCCCGAGUACAAGCAGGACAGCGUGAUCACCGACAAGAUCAACUACGACCUGCUGGUGCGCUGCGACCGCAUCGCCAAGGGAGAGCUGCGCUGCCCCGAGCUGUUCGGGGACCCCGUCAACCGCCGCAACAAAUGAGGCCCCGCCCACCCCCCCCAAAUACCGGGGUUCUCCGCUCACAGUCAAAGUGUUUAUUCACCUCCCUGCCCUCCCCAUCCAAGCCCUCUCAGCAUGAAGACCAAAUAUUUGGCUGGACAGAAGAAACCGUGGUCCAAAUCUACUGUUGACUCUUGACCAUAAUGAUUUUUAUUUUAUUUUAAUGCACACACUGCAUGCAUUCGCAGUGUUCAGCCAGGAUGUGUCCAAUUUGUAUAUAUCAGAUUUUUACAAUUCACAAAUUAUUUUAGUAGCUGGAGAAAAGAAUUCAAUCAAACAUGUAUGUAUAUAUUUUCUCUGACGUUUGUGUUAGCUGCGUUCUUUGUGUGAGGUUAUUUAAGUAUAACAAACACUAAGCUGUACAUUAGACUGGAUUUAUCUUACAGGUGAUCUGUUCCAUUGAUCAGAAAACAUUAACAAUGGUGUGUUCAUACUUGCUGUCCUCUUUGUAUUUGAAAUUCUAUUUUUCCUUUAAGCAUAAAUAUUUUGGCUGUGCUGAAUUGUACUGCAGUGUCUUUAGAAAGCACUUCCUUUAAAAAGAUUGCGAUUUGUUCUUGUGUUGUACUGGAAAGCUUAAAACAACAAGUAGUAGCUUAUUGAAAUGCCAAUGAGGGUGAUUGUUUGGCAAUUUAGGCAAAAAAGUGAUUCUGAAUAAAUCUGAAUUAUACUUUG